CCGGAAGCUACUGCUGGCAGUUACGAAAAAAUAAACACGAGAAAGGAGAAAGUGGCGGAGCAAAGCACCCGAUAAGUCUGCCAUCCGCCGUAAAAUAAGAAGAAGGAGAGAAAGGAAGCAAAGAUCCCUUAAUUGACGCGCUCUAAGGAACUAAUGUCUGUGUUGUUGUCAGUGCUGGUCGGUGUGCUCGCUGCAUACCUUCUGAUUUAUUACUGCCUGUUUAAAGGAGCUAGAUUUAAGAGCAACGUGACCUUAAAAGGGAAAACAGCAAUUGUUACAGGGAGUAAUACAGGCAUUGGCAAAACCACAGCCUUGGAUCUGGCCAAGAGAGGGGCCCGAGUGAUCCUCGCCUGCAGAAACAAAGAGAAAGCUGAAGCUGCUGUUUUUGACAUAAGAAAGGAAAGUGGGAACCCAGAGGUACUGUACAUGCAUCUGGACCUGGCCAGUUUGAAGUCUGUGCGUGCUUUUGCAGAGACUUUUCUGAAGAGUGAACCGAGACUCGACUUGCUCAUUAACAAUGCAGGUCUUAUCGCGUCAGGCAGAACUGAAGAUGGCUUUGGCAUGGCGUUCGGUGUCAACCACCUCGGCCACUUUUUGCUGACGCUGUUGCUGUUGGAUCGUCUAAAGCAGGCAGAGCACAGCCGCGUCGUCAAUGUGUCCGCCCUGCUGCAUCGACUGGGGUCUGUGGAUUUCAACCUCCUCAACACUCACAAGGAUCUGGUCACAGGUCAGUCAUCCUGGCACGCAUUCAGAGCCUACUGCCACAGCAAACUGUGUAAUGUGCUCUUUACCCGAGAGCUCGCAAACCGACUGGAGGGGACGAGUGUCACUUGCUAUUGUCUGCAUCCAGGUGUAAUAACCACUGAGAUCGGUCGGAAUAUGGGUGUGCUGCAUAAGCUGCUUUUCCUGCCCAUGUCCAAGCUGUUUUUUCUGGACCCAGAGGGAGGUGCGCAGACCACGCUCUACUGUGCUUUGCAGGAGGGGCUUGAGCCUCUGAGUGGACGGUAUUUCUCUUCCUGUGCCUUGCAGAAUGUUAGUGCUCAAGGACGGGAUGAUGCCUUGGCCAGGAAGCUUUGGGAAGUGAGCGAGAGGCUGUGUGGCCUGUGAGUGAGUGAGCUCACACAGGUUUGUAGAACAAUAGAACUCUAACACAGAAAAAGAGAUAUUACUAACAGCGUUAUGAGCAUCAGCUUCUGAAGGUUUUUGGGUGUUACAGGUUUGCAUUUUCAACAGGUGUAUACUUUUGUAUUUGGUAUGUAAUACUUUAUAAUAUUUUGUUGCUUUAAAUGAACACAACUUAAUAAAAUUAGGGGUGGAUUGAUAAAUAAUUUUUUUUGAUACAAUGAGCUGUUAAUUAUUUUUGUUGUAAUGGCCCUAUAAAUGGAAUGAAUUAAAAAUUCUAUGCUAUUUUAUCUUAAAAAACAAAAAACAAAAAACAAACACUAAACCUACAAUCAGUUGUUCCAAAUGCUACAAGUUAAUAAUGCACAGUUUAUAUCUACCUAAUUAUUAUUAUUCUUAAAUGUAGUAAUGUUUUUUUUUUUUAAAUGAACUUAGACUGUUAAAUUAUGGCAAAAGUCAAAUAAAUUUAAAAAUAAGAUAAAUAAUAAAAUUAGAUUAAUAAAAUCAGAAUAAUUGAAAUAUUGGUAAAUAACUAAUAUGGUGCUUAUAUAUUGUGCCUCUCUAUGUUAAAUAAAGCAACCACAUAUGCAAAUCUUGGGGAACAGUAGCCAUAAUAAAUAACCUGAGUAAUGCCUAUUUUUUCAUGUAUUUUUGUAGAAAAUAUGAAGAAGUGAAGUUGCAAAUUUGUAUUCACUCACUGGACACAAUGGAGUUAGCAUUCCUUUGUAUUAAGGUUUAAUGUGGUGUAUUUUUUCAUCUAUCUAUCUAUCUAUCUAUCUAUCUAUCUAUCUAUCUAUCUAUCUAUCUAUCUAUCUAUCAUAUAUUUAAUAUAUUUCAUAUCUUUUUAUUUCAUGUUUCAUAUCUUUCUUUUCCUCUUUCUUUCAAAUAUAUUAUUCUUUAUCGAUCUAUAUCGCAUUGCUACACAAAAUGCAUAAAUGCUACACAUAAUGCAUAAAUGGUACUAUUUUAUUUUUAUAUAAUCGGUGCUUUUAACCUGAACGCAUCCACUUUCUUCUUUAAACUUGUGACCAAUUCAAAUACCUAGUGUAUUUGAAAACCAAAAUCAUUUGAAGAAAUAAUCAAAUAAAAAAUAAAACUGUUUAUGAACAUUUAA